UUCGUCGCCAUCUUGGAUGUUGAGAGGUGUUGCAGCGAUAAUGGUCCGUCUACAUUGAACUGAAUAUAAAGAUGUGUGGACUUCUGUACAUUCUGUCAUCUUGACAAAACCUUCCAGAUUGUGAUUUUUAUUGAAUUUACUCUAAAAAAUGGAUAAGCUCAAGAAAGAGAGGAUUCGGAAAGUGAAUCCUGUGUCACAAAAAGUCAAACUCUUCCGUGCAUCAGAACCUCUACUCAGUGUCUUCAUGUGGGGGAUUAACCAUACGAUAAAUGGCUUGAAUCAUGUGAACCUUCCUGUCAUGUUAAUGCCUGAUGACUUCAAGGCUUUCAGUAAAAUACGAGUGGACAAUCAUUCUUAUAACAAAGAAAGUAUGCCAAGUCAUUUCAAGGUAAAGGAGUAUUGCCCAGUUGUGUUCAGGAACCUUCGAGAGAGAUUUGGAAUUGAUGAUCAAGAUUAUAUGAACUCAUUAACCAAGCAGGCGUUGGAUGUAGACUCCCCGGGCCGGAGUGGAGCUCGCAUGUUGAUGUCUCAGGAUAAGAAAUUCUUUGUGAAAACACUAGUCAGUGAGGAAGUGGAACAGAUGCAUCACCUGCUAAAACAGUACCAUCAGUACAUUGUAGAGACUCAUGCUCAGACAUUGCUGCCUCAAUACCUAGGGAUGUACCGCAUCACAGUGAAUGACGUGGAGUCCUAUCUCAUUGUGAUGAGGAACGUGUUCAGUCCUCGCCUGGUCAUCCACAAAAAAUAUGACCUCAAGGGAUCAACAGUCGACCGCCAUGCCAGUGAUAAAGAAAAGGCGAAAGACUUGCCUACAUUUAAGGAUAAUGAUUUUAUCAGUGAUGGCCUGUCACUGAAGAUUGGAAUGGAUGCUAAAGACAAGCUCAUGGCUACACUCACCAAGGAUGCAGAGUUUCUGGCAAGUCUCCAUUUGAUGGACUAUAGUCUGAUUGUGGGGAUCCACGACUGUGAACGAGCAGACCGGGAAGCUAUUGAGGCUCUCGUCCAAGAGGAACCUGGGGAAGGUGAGGAGGACGAAAAUGACACGGAGAAUGGAAUUUUAGAAGAUGAUGAGUAUGAUUACGGAGGUGUUCCCACUCCACCCGAUAGUCCCCAGCCUAUGGCCAUGCCCCCUUUUGUAGGAGAACUUGAUAGUAACUUGGAAAGAUUUGGUAUUAAGAGUAGUGAAGAUGCAGUGAAGAAGGAGAUAUACUUUUUAGCAAUGAUAGACAUUUUGACUAAGUAUGGAGUGAAGAAGAGGACUGCUCAGGCAGCGAAGACCAUGAAACACGGAGCUGGUGCGGAAAUCUCUACAGUCAAACCAGAACAAUACGCAAAGCGAUUUCUUGACUUUAUCAGCAAAUGUCUAGAGUGAACAUUCUUUUGCAUGAGAAGAUUCACCUUACACUCAAUGAAGAAAAUUAUUUCCAAAUAAGAAUAUCACUUACAAAGACUAUUUCCAGAGACGGAAAAGAAUGAUUUCCAUAUAAGGAAUGUAUCCUAGACAAAGUUAUUCCCGAAGACAAAUGAAGAUUUCUCUUAUUGAAAUCAGGACCACUUUUUAAUUGAUUUUAACUACUGUAUAGGAAAUUGUUACUUUUCUUUGGAUGCAGUUGGUUAAUAUGGAAACUUGAUUGAUGCCUAUGACAUUAGUUUGAAAAAAAUCCUCAUUUUAUACAUUUGAUGUGAAGAAAGUUUCCUUAUCAUGAAGAACUGAAUUUGAUUACUUCAAAAGAGAAAGAGCAUAAAUCAAGAAAAUACCAGCUGAAAUUUGCUGGUAUUGACUCUUUUAAAAAUCAGUAUUUGAUGUUAAAGUUUUUGAUGAUUUUAUGUAUGAGGAAUGAAAAAUUUAUGUAUGAGGAAUUGUUUUAGCAAUGAACUUAUGUCUUUGUGCUCCAUCAGUUGUCCAUUCAGUGUCGUCUGUAAUCAUUGUUGUCUGCCGAUAAGUUAAGUGGCUUACUCUUCUUGGGGCUGAGGCAGGUCGUUUUAAUGACACAUCCUCCUAAAUAACUGGGUAGAUCUCAACCAAACUGUGAAAGUGGUAUCCAUAGCACUACGAACAGCUCUAUAAAUAAUGUUACUUACAUUCCUGGGUCUUGUCUCCCGGACUAUUGAGCAGAUUUCAAUUCAAAAUAAAAGCUUUAGCUCCAAAACUAGGAGAGUGACUUAAGGCCCUGAGCCUCAUGCAUAAUUGUUUUACAUUGUUUAAAAGUAAUCUUUCUUGGCAUCUGUGGAGUAAAGCCAUACACAUUGUUAAUAUAAGGUAUACUUACCUGAUUGGGUCUCAAUAUACAACAUUCGAAUAGGAUGUGUGUUUUGGAUUCUUGUAUCAUUACUGGUAAAAUCAGUAAUAAGUUUGACUGAACCAUCAGUCAAGUGAGAAUGACUCAAAGUUAUUUCUAUCCAUGUUGAUUUUUUUUUAACAGACAAAUGUUCAUAGUGGUAAACAGAAAAGAUUUAUAAUGACACACUUGGAUAUAAAAAAUUAUGACUAAAUCCUGAUUUUGUAUCUUGGGUAGUGAUAAGUUAUGUUGGUCCAGAAACAAAUUCAGCAUAAUCUUCCGCUCAAUUCAAUUUACUGUAUUAGAAUUAAGUGAUUUAUACUUAAAAUUUUCCCAAUUUGGUUAACUGGAUUUUUCCAAAAUACCCAGGAAAAACACUGACAAUAGUUAAUUGAUAUUGUUUACAAAUCAGCAUGUUUAUCUUUAUUCUUCAAUAACGCACCAAUUGCAUCAUUAUGAAAAGCUUUAAACUAUUAUAUCUCUAGGUUAAACACGUUUCGAUACUGGGUGCAACCAUCUCGGAAAUUAAUGAAACCUUGAGAACAACAAUUCUGAUUUGUCAAAAUAUCAGAAGAGAUUUGAUUUGGGAAACAACAGUUUUCUUCUCUAAUGGCCAAUGUGACUCGAUCAACAGUGCAGAGUCUUGUGGUUUCAGAAAAUGAUAGAGGGUAGAUCAGUUGAAUUGUCUGGUAGAUAAAAUAAUCUAUUUCUGCUAGCAGUGAUGCAAGAAUCCAAAGUUCCCACAAUUCUAUACCUGUUAAAAUAAAGUUAUUUAAUGAUGUUUUAAUUGUAGAUAUGACCUUUAUACUAUAAGAUAUGUGACUAUUGUGUAUAACGAGUUCAAAAGUGCUUUGUAAUUAAAAUACAAUGUACGAUGUAUUUAGAAUGCUUACUUUAGUGCUUCUUGUUCAUAUAAUGAUGAAGUAAAUAUGAAGAAUUUCUGAUGUUUAAUAUAUCAUUCGAUAGUAUUGUGAACAAUGGCAAAUCCAGUGAUAUUUUACAAGCCUAAUAAUCACAAUUUUCUAUUUACAUGAACCGUUAAUGAUGAAAUACUUGUUCUCUUUAUCAGAAUAGGAAUGAUUUGACACCAAGCACAGCCGAUGGUGUAUUGCUAUGUAUACAACUAGUCAUUGCCAAGAAAGCUUACAUGCAUCAAAACUAUGUAUUAUUUUCUUUUAAUCUGAUAUGAUGCCAUACCACAGGGUCCAUGGUCUAUCUGUUCGUUAGUCAGCACCUCACUUCAAUUAAUGAUUAUAUUUCAACAGUAUUUGCUAUGCAAUAUUCUUCAGAAGGAAAUGAAAUAUCCCAUUAAAGAUUAGUGACCUUACGUCCCCAGAAAUGUAAAUCCUUUUGAAAUCUAGUGAUAGCAAACUCAAUUUGGAAUGCUGGCUGCAGCCAGAUACAAUAAUAACUUUAUUGAUAUAAAAAUGUAAGAAUCUACUUCUUGAUUUCCAUCAGGUCAAAUAUUCUGAUAAUUGUUACCAGGGAUAGUGUGUUAUAAAGGUAUUUAUAUCAAAGACCGUUACGUUUACUUUACAGGGGUCUUAGUUUAUAACAAUGUCAAAUGAAAUAAGAUUCCUUUCCUUUAAUGAAAUAACUGCUACUAGAUAUAAAGAGAUUUACACAAUCAUGCUUCUAGAAUUGGCUUCAGACACAAAAGUCCCAUUCCUGGAAUUUAAUCUUUGGGCUAGUAUAUGGAAAUGGUGAAGACUCAACUCGAAGAGACAUACACAGUCGUGUUAAAAUCAGAAUUUGCAAGAGUCUUAUCCCAACCCCGGUAAACUUCUAAAGUCAUAUAAACAUAACAUUAUAUUUCCAAAAAAUUUAUAACAUGAUUUUACAUUUUUAUAGCGCUCUUGACAUAAAAAAAAAAAAUCAAGUUAGCUUGGUGAAAAUCAAAACAUUUUAAAGAAGAUAAACCUCAUAGCAAAAUUGUUCUCUUGUUGGCCGUCAGGCAGGAAGGGGUUUCCAAAUCGUUCACAGAGACCUAAAUAUGUCCCUAAAAUAGCACAUAGAUUAUGUGAAAAUGAUAAUAACUUAUUAAAAUAAUGAAAAUUAGAUGUAAGAAUGUGAUUUUAGAGACUGAAGCGUUUUGUUGACACUACAACAUACUUAGGUUUACAUGUAUAUCAUGGAAAUGUCUUACAUACCCAUACCUGGGGACAUAGUUCAUGUCUUCUGAUGUCUCAGGACAUAGUUCAUGUCUUCUGAUGUCUGGGGACAUAGUUCAUGUCUUCUGAUGUCCCGGGGACAUAGUUCAUGUCUUCUGAUGUCUGGGGACAUAGUUCAUGUCUUCUGAUAUCUGGGGACAUAGUUCAUGUCUUCUGAUGUCUGGGGACAUAGUUCAUGUCUUCUGAUGUCCCGGGGACAUACUUUAGUAGUUCAUGUCUUCUGAUAUCUGGGGACAUAGUUCAUGUCUUCUGAUAUCUGGGGACAUAGUUCAUGUCUUCUGAUAUCUGGGGACAUAGUUCAUGUCUUCUGAUAUCUGGGGACAUAGUUCAUGUCUUCUGAUAUCCGGGGACAUAGUUCAUGUCUUCUGAUAUCCGGGGACAUAGUUCAUGUCUUCUGAUAUCUAGGGACAUAGUUCUUGUCUUCUGAUGUCCCGGGGACAUAGUUCAUGUCUUCUGAUGUCUGGGGACAUAGUUCAUGUCUUCUGAUAUCCGGGGACAUAGUUCAUGUCUUCUGAUAUCUGGGGACAUAGUUCAUGUCUUCUGAUGUCCCGGGGACAUAGUUCAUGUCUUCUGAUGUCUGGGGACAUAGUUCAUGUCUUCUGAUAUCUGGGGGACAUAGUUCAUGUCUUCUGAUGUCUGGGGACAUAGUUCAUGUCUUCUGAUGUCCCGGGGACAUAGUUCAUGUCUUCUGAUGUCUGGGGACAUAGUUCAUGUCUUCUGAUGUCUGGGGACAUAGUUCAUGUCUUCAUUAUUAUAUAACUAAAGUUACUCUUGUAUUGCAUGAAGAAAACACAAUCAUUCUGCAAGGAUUAGUCUCAUUUGGAUAAAAUUCAGGUAAAAAAUACCAAUUUUUUUCCAACCUUAUAACCAUAUGCACACAUUAGUGGAUCUCAAGCAGAUUUGAUAAACCCUUUCCUGGCACCAUUAGAGAUGGCAAGCAAGAGUGAGAUAUAUUUGUGAUGCUCUUUUAAUAAGACUAUUUUGCCUUGAUUGCUUAAGCAUCCAGGCGAGUGAUGCAGGCCCUCGAAGCUACUUGUUACUACACUGUCAUUAUCUGCCAAUGUGAUUUGUUAUGAGACUUUGUAAAUCACUAUAUGUAUACAAUGUAUAUCUGUAUGUUUAAGUAUAUAGAAAUGUAUGUAUGUAAAAGUAUAUAUAGAAUGUAAAUUAAACCAAUACAAAUGACAUUCAUGCUUACUAAACUAUUUGUCUCAGUGACUAGGUAAAGUAUAAGUGUUUCAGUUAUCAAGAGUAAAUUUGUGUACAACACAAAAGAAAUUAUUACCAAAAUGAAAUCAUUGACAUUCAGAGAUUUGAUAUAUGUAUGUGUAUGGCCAGUUUACAACCAUUAUUGAGGGAAAGAACUGACACAUUUUGUAAUAACGUUAUUUUACAACAAAUUCCUCUAUCAUUUUUCUGUAUUGAGCACCUAUGUAAAAUACUCAAGUUAUAAAAAUCAGUUAUUUGAUCAUUUCAGUUGUGUAAAACAUAAUUUAUCAAGAUGUAUGUGAUUAGGUUUCCAAAUACUUCAAAACACAAAAAGGAGCCUUCUAAUACCCCCCUAUGCUCCACCACCACAUAUAAACAAGAGGCUUGUAGUUCAGGGAUUGCUCACCUUGUGUUAUGAAGCAUAAUGGCUACAGAGCUAAAUGGCUACAGAGCUACAAACCUAAAAGACGCUGGACCUUUGGGUCAAUUUUAGUAUCACAGAUGUAUAUUUCUCUUUCACAGGACAGGUGUGUCCCUACUGCUACUUAAUUUUUAUUUCAACUAGGGUUGAAAUGUACCUUUGCUGAUGUGAGAUGUCCUGGUUUCAUCCUAGAGUUGAAAUGUACCUUUUCUGGUGUAAGGUAUCCUGGUUUUACCUAGGGUUGAAAUGUACCUUUUCUGGUGCGAGAUAUCCUGGUUUCACCCUAGGGUUGAAAUGUACCUUUUUCUGUGCAAGAUAUCCUGGUUUCAUCUUAGAGUUGAAAUGUACCUUUUCUGGUGCGAGAUAUCCUGGUUUCAUCCUAGGGUUGAAAUAUACCUUUUCUGGUGCGAGAUAUCCUGGUUUCACCCUAGGGUUGAAAUGUACCUUUUCUGGUGUAAGGUAUCCUGGUUUUACCUAGGGUUGAAAUGUACCUUUUCUGGUGUAAGGUAUCCUGGUUUUACCUAGGGUUGAAAUGUACCUUUUCUGGAGUAAAGGUAUCCUGGUUUCACCCUAGGGUUGAAAUGUACCUUUUCUGGUGUAAGGUAUCCUGGUUUUACCUAGGGUUGAAAUGUACCUUUUCUGGUGUAAGGUAUCCUGUUUUCAUCCUAGGGUUGAAAUGUACCUUUUCUGGUGUAAGAUAUCCUGGUUUUACCUAGGAUUGAAAUGUACCUUUUCUGGUGUAAGGUAUCCUGGUUUUACCUAGGGUUGAAAUGUACCUUUUCUGGUGUAAGGUAUCCUGGUUUUACCCUAGGGUUGAAAUGUACCUUUUCUGGUGUAAGGUAUCCUGGUUUUACCUAGGAUUGAAAUGUACCUUUUCUGGUGUAAGGUAUCCUGGUUUCAUCCUAGGGUUGAAAUGUACCUUUUCUGGUGUAAGAUAUCCUGGUUUCACCCUAGGGUUGAAAUGUACCUUUUCUGGUGUAAGAUAUCCUGGUUUCACCCUAGGGUUGAAAUGUACCUUUUCUGGUGUAAGGUAUCCUGGUUUUACCUAGGGUUGAAAUGUACCUUUUCUGGUGUAAGGUAUCCUGGUUUUACCUAGGGUUAAAAUGUACCUUUUCUGGUGUAAGAUAUCCUGGUUUCACCCUAAGGUUGAAAUGUACCUUUUCUGGUGUAAGGUAUCCUGGUUUUACCUAGGGUUGAAAUGUACCUUUUCUGGAGUAAAGGUAUCCUGGUUUCACCCUAGGGUUGAAAUGUACCUUUUCUGGUGUAAGGUAUCCUGGUUUCAUCCUAGAGUUCUGAUAAGUCGAGGUAUGAUGCUACAUCUUGCUAGAAUGACGGUUAGUAGAGUUUACGGAAACAACAUAUUUUAUAAAGGCUUGAAAUUUUGUUUCAAUAAAUAAUUUUAAUCAUGAUAAAUUGUUGCAAACAAUAUUAUAUGGUUAAGAGUAAUGGCAUCUGGCUUUUCUACAGAAAAUAGGUAUUAAACUUACUUGGUGUUAAGUUAAUUUUUUGUGUGAAUUUAACCAUGACCCACUUUGAAGUUUGUAAAUGUGAGUGAUAUAUAUUUGCAAAAAUUUUGGUAAAACAUUAUUCAAAGGUGGGCAAUGCUUGACUAGAAAACCUUUUGUUUAGAAUUGUGGUUAUAUUCAUAGGGAAUUUGAGCAGAAAGCUUCCAAAAUUUUCUUUUGGAAGGGUACGGUGGUGUCCUAAUAACAGUCAUCUGAAAGAAAUUAACUGUAAUUUGAGAUUUAAAUGAAAAAUGACAUAUUUAACAUUACUUAAAUUUACCAGUAUCUACGUUAUAGAAGGGUAAAUGUACCAGUGUCAAGUGUUCAAUAUAAGAGGUCUUAUUGUUAGCUUACUGGCCAUAGUAGCUAAGUAUGCUUAAUGCAUUGGUGUAACGUCCAUUGUCUGUCCGUCUACUUCAUUUUUCCAAAACAUCAUUUGAAUACUAGUAACUAAGUCAAAGAUAAAACAAUUUAACCAGUAGCAUGCAAGGAAAAGUGACCUUGUAUACUGUCAAUGGGGUAAAAUAUUUUCAAGCUUCAACUUCUGAAUAUUGUUCAGUAGCAUGUCUGAUUGGAUAUCAAGUGUGUCAAAAGGGAUACACAUAAUUCAUCUUUAAAAUUAUAUAAAUCAAAUAUACUUAAAAUGGAGAUACUUCAGAAUAUCCAAUGGAUUGGACAUUUAAUAAUUUCCAAGAUUUUUCCAAUAUGCUUAAGUUUGAAGGCAUCAAAUGUGUAACUGCCUUAAAAUGUCAAUUUUCUGGAAAACAAGUUUCCAGGGGUCAUCUUCGCCCUUUAGAAUAUGGAUAUGAAAAGAGGUAAAGAAGUCGCAGAUUGAACAUAGCAAAAGAUGUUUGAAUUGUUUUCUUCUGUCAUUAGUGACUUAGAGUCAUGGUAAAUGGCAUACCAGGAUUAAUUGCUUCAAAUAAUGUUGACCAACAUUCAAGGUCACAUAAAGUAAAUAUAGUAGAAGUGGACUGAAUACCAGAGAGUGAUACAGGUUUGUUGGGACUCAUAACUAAUUUAAAUUUCAUCAGUAUUAAGAAAUAAUUCUUUUAUACACUUGUGUUGGAAAAGGGGAAAGAAUGUCAUUAAAAUUUCAUGUUAUGUAAAACAGAAA